AUGAAGCCGGAUGGAUCAAUAGAAAGACACAAAGCAAGGCUAGUUGCUAAAGGAUACUCACAACUUAAAGGGAUUGAUUUUGCAGAAACCUUCAGUCCAGUAGUUAAAGCUAUAACCAUAAGAGUUAUUCUCUCAUUUGCUGUCACUUUACAUUGGUCCAUUAGGCAACUAGAUGUUAAGAAUGACUUCCUACAUGGACAUCAACAAGAAGAAGUUUAUAUGACUCAACCACUAGGCUUCACUGAUCCAAUUCGAGCUGAUUCUUCCUUAUUUACUCUCCAUGAUGUAGAAGGAAAAAUAUUACUCCUGUUAUAUGUAGAUGAUAUAAUUAUAACAGGAAGCAACUCAAGGCAGAUAGGGGAAGUAGUGCAAAAGCUGGGGCAUGAAUUUGCUAUGAAGGAUCUUGAACCCUUGAUUUACUUUUUAGGUAUUAAAAAGCAUGGUCUACAAGAAGCAGCUGGCAAAGCAGUUGAUCCCUCAGCUUACAGAAGCAUUGUAGGAAGCUUGCAGUACCUUACACUCACAAGACCAGACAUUACUCAUGUUGUUAAUCUAACAAGUCAAUUCAUGCAGAAUCCAAACAGCAUGCAUCUUCAGGCAGGAAAGAGAAUAUUGAUGUAUGUCAAGGGAACCAUUGAUCAUGGACUGAGAAUCAUAUCACAGUCUUCCUUCAGGCUGUAUGGAUUCCCAAGUGCAGACUGGGCAGGAUGUUCCAUUACAAGGAGGUCUACUACUGGAUAUAGUAUAUACCUUGGUGCAAAUUGUGUCUCCUGGUCAUCAAGGAAAUAG